UCCACACCCCUCGCCCCUCCUCGCUCUCCCAGACGCUCGGUAUGAUGUGAAGGAAGGAACGGAGCCCUCAAGAGCAGCCCUGCAUCUGGAACCUCGACGAGACUCGGUGGAAACCGAGCUGGCACGGCGGUUUGUGCCCUUUCCCCGAUGUGCGGGGACCUGAAUGUGCGCCCGGAGCUGUUAGAAAUCGACGCUUUGGGAACUCAGCUCGCACUUGAACUUCGAGUGUUUCAGACGGUUUCUGUCGCACUUCCACGGCUAUGUGAAGGCGUUAUUGUUGCCGUGCGGUCGGGAUUGGGCUUCUUGCGCCUUUAUGGAUUCGUGAAUGCUGCAGAGUUCAAGGCGAAGGCUCAUUUCGCAUCAGUAAAGCGGACUGCAUCGAGACAGCUACAAUGGGGUUCAUCUCCGUCUCCUGGAGUAUGGCCAUUCUUGCAAUACUACCAGUGGUGACGUUUGGUUGGGCGGAGAGCUCGUCCCCGCACGCGUCGGACGACCGCGCGCCACGGCACGCGCUGGAACAGAGCCUGCACUGGCCGCCCAAAGACUUGCAGUGUCAACACAUGCUGAAGCGCCUGCACAACGGCGCGCGCAUCACCGUGCAGAUGCCCCCCAACGUAGAGGGCCACUGGGUGUCCACCAGCUGCGAGGUACGACCCGGGCCAGAGUUCAUCACGCGCUCGUACCGCUUCUACCGCAACCACACCUUCCGUGCCCACCAGUUUUACUACGCCGACAACCACUGCACGACGCCAGCCUACACGCUGGUGGUGCGCGGGCGUGUGCGGCUGCGCCAGGCCUCCUGGAUCGUGCGCGGCGGUACCGAGGCCGACUACCAGGUGCACCGCGUCCAGGCCGUGUGCCACGCUGCGGGCGCGGCAGAGGAGCUCAGCCGGCGGCUGGAGCGGAACUGUGGGGGCCCGGGCCCCGGCUCCUGGGAGCCCAACGUCAGCUAUGAGCUGUGGGGCGAGGCGGGUGGGUGCGACUGCUCACGGGGGAUCAACUUCGCCAUGCACGAGCUGCAGCUGCUGCGGGUGGAGAAGCAGUACCUGCACCGCAACCCUGACCACCCCGUCGAGGAGCUCUUCCUGGGGGACAUCCACACGGAGCUGGCCCAGAGAAUGUACUACCGGCCCUCCAGCUAUCAGCCACCACUGCAGAACGCCAAGAGUCACGAGCAGGGCUGCAUUGCGUGCCGCAUCAUCACCCGCUCCGACGAGCUCCACCCCCCGAUCCUACCACCGCGGGCGGAGCUCGCCGUGGCCCUGCACGGGCAGUGGGUGUCGCAGCGGUGCGAGGUGCGCCCCGAGGUGCUCUUCCUCACCCGUCACUUCAUCUUCCACGAUGACAACAACACGUGGGAGGGUCACUACUACCACUAUUCGGAUCCCGUCUGCAAGCACCCAACGUUCUCCAUCUACGCCCGGGGGCGCUACAGCCGUGGCAUGCAUUCCACCCGCGUCAUGGGUGGGACUGAGUUCGUCUUUAAAGUGAACCACAUGCGUGUGAUGCCGAUGGACCUCGCCACCACGUCGCUGCUCAAUGUCUUCAGCGGCGACGAGUGUGGCUCCCAGGGCUCCUGGCAGGUGGGCGUGGAGCAGGACGUGACGCACACCGAUGGCUGUGUGGCGCUGGGCAUCCGUCUGCCGCACACGGAAUACGAGCUCUUCCGUAUGGAGCGGGACACGCACGGCCGCUACCUGCUCUACAACGGCCAGAGGCCCAGCGAUGGUUCCAGCCCCGACCGGCCAGACAAGCGCGCCACGUCCUAUCAGGCCCCCCUCAUCCAGUGCUCGGCCAGCAGCCACAGGCCAGAGGGUGGUUCGGGUCGCCGUGCCGACCAUCCCCUCAAGCUGAGCAACGGCUGGCGGGCCAGCCGCCCACAACAGGCCGCAGAACUCAUGGCCUUGAGUGCGAUCAUCAUGCACCUCAUUGGCUAAGUGGGCACAGGGAGGCAGGGUGGGCGGAGUCCACAGUACCUUAUAAAACUGGAACGACGUUUCCGAACAUUUCUGUACAUAGACACAAGGGGAACCGGGGAAGCUCAGCAAAGCGCUCUGGCUGGCCGGGAGGAAGUUUACUUGACGACUUGGGCAUUCAACUCGCUCAUUUUCUUUCCUGGUUUCUGUCGUGCGGAAGCUGGAUGAAACGGAAAUAGAGAAACCAGAGGAGAUACAAAGGUGAACUGCUAUCCCGACUCCAAAGAACUCAACCUGCUGCACCACACUAACUGCACUUUAGUAAAGCAUGACUGAAAAUGUUCGAUUAGAUUUUUUUGUAUGAUUCUGUACAAUUUUUACACCAGCCUUGGACAGCAAUAUAUGCCAAUAUGCUUGUUCUCCAAGUCUUUUAAACCGAUUUAGCUGUUGAGAGGUUUUUUUUUUGUUUUUUUUUUUUUACGAUAUGUGAGGUGAGUGUGCAUCCAAAAUGACGAAAUAAAUUUUCUUAGGGCUAUUUAGAAAGUAAAACAGAAUGACUUAUCAUCAUCACUAACAAUGUCUAAAAUAAAUUUGGCUGUUAAAAAACCCCAUUUACAUGGUAAGGGCCCUUAGAUGUCUCGUCUUCUUAAAGCUGAAUGGCAUAACGAUCAUGUGUAGUUUGGACUUUGCCAGAGGGAGUUCUGCUUUCCUGGUUUCCUUCUCAAACAUGUCCCUCAUGUGAGCUGUAAGAUAUCACUUCUGCGUGCUGGAUUGUGCUACAACGUGCAGAAUAAUUCAAAGCAAUUGUGGUUUCGUAUCUCCCACCAGGAAGUGCUGUUCUCCGUGCCAAACCCCAGUCUGCCCCAGAGCUGGACUGGGAAGGGUAUGGAAAUGCUCAUUUCCUCCAGCGGUGUAGAUUUCCAAUAAAACCACGAGGGGAAUAAAACGCAACACUGUGUGAGGGAGGGAGAGGUCAUCUGUUUGUGUGUGGCAGCAGCUGUACGAGGGCGGGGCUAAAAUCCAUGCAGAUGUACAGCUGGACCAAUGGCAUCAUUGCCUGCAAGUGUCUAAAGUUAUGCUCCAUUAACUGGAUUGUACAAACAGAAACUAAAUAUUGUAAUAACUGGAUUGGCUUAUAUUUAAGGAGCUUUCUGUAUUUCUGACAAAUGACUCUACAGUGCCAUGACGAAAGGACAA